CACACGCACGCGCGCGCACCGGCUGAGUACCGGCUGGGUGAAGCGGAGAUGAAGGUGACGGUGGAUUUUGAGGACUGUCUGAAGGACUCGCCCCGGUUCCGGGCUACAGUAGAAGAUGUGGAGGAGGAUGUUGGGGGACUUGAGUCCAAACUGGACAAGUUGGUUAAGUUGUGUAUUGGGAUGAUUGAUGCCGGGCGGGCGUACAGUCAGGCCAACAGACAGUUUGUUAACGGAGUCCGAGAACUCGCACUACAAUCCAGCAGAGACGAUGUGAUCGGGUCUAGUUUAGCUGCGUUUGCUGAGACGCUGCAGGAGAUGAACAACUAUCACACAAUAUUGUUUGAUCAAGCUCAGCGUUCGGUGAAGACUCAGCUCCACACCUUCGUGAAGGAGGAUCUGAAGAAGUUUAAGGAUGCGAAGAAGCAGUUUGAUAAGGUGAGCGAGGAGAAGGAGGUGGCGCAGGUGAAGAACGCUCAAAUUCCCAGGAAUAAACAGCACGAGGUGGACGAGGCCACCAACAUCCUCACCACCACCCGCAAGUGCUUCCGCCACAUCGCCCUCGACUACGUCCUGCAGAUCAACGUCCUUCAGUCCAAGAAGAGGCUGGAAAUCCUCAAAUCGAUGCUGUCCUUCAUGAACGCCAACCUGAGCUUCUUCCAGCAGGGCUAUCGGCUCUUCACCGACCUGCAGCCCCUCAUGAAGCACCUCGGGGGACAGUUGGAUCAGCUGGUGGUCGACUCGGCCAAAGAGAAGAGAGACAUGGAGCAGAAACAUUCAGCCAUCCAGCAGCAGGCGGCGCUACAGGAUUUCUCCACUGAGGAUACGGGGCUUGAUUAUAAAAUAGACACAGAGAAUGGAAUCGCUAUGGAGGGAUAUCUGUUCAAACGAGCCAGCAACGCCUUUAAAACCUGGAACAGACGCUGGUUCUCCAUUCAGCACAGUCAACUCGUUUAUCAGAAGAGGUUCAGGGAUAACCCGACGGUGGUGGUGGAGGAUCUGAGGUUGUGUACGGUGAAGCAGUGUGAGGACGUGGAGCGACGCUUCUGCUUCGAGGUCGUCUCUCCGACCAAGAGCUGUAUGCUGCAGGCUGACUCAGAGAAGCUGCGUCAGACCUGGACCAGAGCCGUACAGAACAGCAUCGCCUGCGCUUACCGAGAGAACGGAGACGAGCCCACCAUCCCGCUGGAUCGUCAGGCAUCGGGGUCGGUGGGCAGUCUGGACUCUCUGGGAGAUGGGCGGGGCCUGAGGAGUGAGAGCGCCCUCCAGAGAGUGCUGUCCGUCAGCGGCAACGCCCACUGCUGCGACUGCGGCCAAUCAGAACCGCGCUGGGCCAGCAUCAACCUGGGGAUUACACUGUGCAUCGAGUGCUCCGGAAUACACAGGAGUCUGGGUGUUCAUAACUCUAAGGUUAGGUCUCUCACGCUGGACUCGUGGGAACCAGAGCUUCUGAAGCUGAUGUGUGAGUUGGGGAAUGGAGUGAUUAAUCAGAUCUACGAGGCUCGCCGGGCCGAGAUGGGCUGGAAGAAACCGCAGCCAGGAGACCCCCGGCAGGAGAUCGAGGCGUUUAUUCGAGCGAAGUACGUGGAGAAGAAGUUCGUACAGAGGCCGGCCACUCAGGAGCAGAGGUCAAAGGUCAUGGCUCUGAGUAAACAGGACAAGCGACUGAAGGGCAGUGUGGAGUUCCUGCCCCCCCGACCCCCACCUCCCACCCCCAAGCUCCGCACCGCCUCCAGCACCUCAGCGCCCCUCGGUGGGCAGGAGGUGCGUAGAGACUCGCUGUUCUGCCCUGAUGAGCUGGACUCCCUCUUCUCUUACUUCGACACGUCCUCCAAACUGAGGAGCUUGAGGAGUGCAGACAGUGGUAUACAGAACAGCACCGACGGCAGCCGAGAGAUGCUGGCCUCCACGCCGUCCAACAGCAGCCUGAGUGAACCAGAGCUGCAGGAAGAGUCUCUGGUUCCUCAGACUCAGGUGGAGUCUCCGCGGGGGUUCUCGGAGCUGAUGGAACCGGGUCCGGGUCUGCUGCUGUACUGGGCUUCCUGCGCCUGCAGUCUGCCGGACAUGGCCGAAGCCUUCGCCCUCGGAGCCGACGCCAACUGGGUCAACGGGGACGACCAGAACCGCACGCCACUCAUGCAGGCUGUACAGGGGGGUUCUCUGGUCACUUGUGAGUUCCUGCUGCAGAAUGCGGCGAAUGUGGAUCAGCCGGACUCUCGCGGCAGAGCAGCUCUACACCACGCUACGAUACUGGGCCAUACAGGGCAGGUGUGUUUGUUUCUGAAGCGUGGAGCCCAGCAGGGGGCAGUAGACUCAGACGGUCGGACCCCUCUAUCCAUCGCUGUGGAAGCAGCUAACGCCGACAUCGUUACCCUGUUGCGUCUGGCUAAGAUGAGCGAGGAGCUGAAGGAGUCGGAGGGUUCUCUGGGUCAGACGGGUCAUUACCUCCACUCUCAGAACCAGACGGAUCAGCAGUACAGGAAGUGCAUCCAGGAGUUCAUCACCCAGCAGCUGGACGAGUCCUAAAGACCCCACACCCCAGCGCUUUACUGGACCUGAGAGAGAGCGAGGGGGCGGGGUCACACUGUACUGAGGGAGGAGGCGGGGUUUGGACUGUUGGGAAUUUGGGCUGAACUGUCCUGAACUGAUUCUGAUCCAGAAAGUAAAAAAAUUGUUUUUAAAAAGUUUUAAAACCAGUUUCUGAGCUGAUUUUGCCGCUGCUGGAGAGGUUCUGGGUGGGUGGAUAUAUCCAAACACUAGGUCACUUAUUAUUGCUGUCACUCAUAUUCAGUGAUAACCAAUCAGGAUUGCGGUGGGUGGAGCAAAUCUCAGUGCUGCCUGGGGUAAAACAUAUAAUCUAAUACAUAUACAGUAUAUUUAUUAGUCAUAUUGUAUUAUUGAGCCCAACUCAAGUCCUCCCUAUAGACUGGAACUCCGGGUCACUGACGGUUGGCUAGGGCAUCAACGGGUCUUGAACCUGUGAACUUCUGAUAGCAGUGCUUACCCUGUGUUCACACUGGCAGGUGACACGCUGUUGUUUACGUCAUCUCAAAUUUAUCUCUUGUGUGUGUGUGUGAUUAAGGCUACUUGUGGGAGAGUUGGUGUCUGUCACUAUGGCUGGUUAGCAUGGAGGCUAAUUUAGCAAGCUAACUAUAGAGCCAUCCGCUACUUUCCUCCAUAUAUUGUAGGUGUUUUCAAUAAAAUGUAGCUUCGCUAAGGCUACCUUCACAUUACAAGCCACAUUGCUCAAAUCUGAUUUUUUUCUCAAUUUGGCUCAGAUCGGAUUUUUUCAUGGCUGUGUGAACGUGCCAAAUCCGAUAUUUUAAUAUCAGAUUCAAGUCACUUUGGCUACGAUCACAUUCAAUCAAUAAAUCAAUCAAUCAACAUUUAUUUUGACUCGGAAGUGCAUUGAGGGCACCCCUCAUUUUUAAUGUAGCCGAGUAAAAUAACAGUAAAUAAAAGCUAAAAAUAGAUAAAAAUAGAGUUAGAAUAAUAAUGGUAAUAUAAUAAUAAAACUUGGUUUGAUUAACAAGAAAUUAAGAUCAAAAGAAGAUCAGAUUAAUACAACAAAAAACAGUUAAAAAUAAGCUAAAACUAACUUUUACAUAAUACAAUAAAAAUACAAAUAAAACAAAGAAAACUCGACUGAUUGAACGCUCCAAAAACUUUAACUUUUAACGUUCAGAAAACGUUUUACUCAUCUAAAAUUAUCAUAAUUAUUUUGCUUAUAGGUGAGAAAAUCUCGACGUGAUUUGUUGCUAUGGUGACAGGGUGGCUUAGUGGUCUGAGGUCAUGGGUUCAAGUCCCUGUCUGGACCCACAGUCCAGAAACAUGGAACAUGAAUCGGGUAAAAUUAGGUAUUCUAAAUUGUUCUGGUGUGUACCUGUGUAUGACUGUGUAUGUGCUCCAGGUGGCGUGGAUGUUUCCGGUUGAGAGUGCGCUGUGUCUGAUUGGCUGCCUUUUCUCACCAGUGUGAGUGUAGAUGAGUGCUGCGUGUAAAUGGUUGUGUGUAAAACGUGAUUGUAAAACAUUCUUUUGUGUAUAGAAAGGCGCAGUAUAAGUGUAACUUUAUUCGUUCAUUCGUUUAUUCUGUUGCCGUGGCGAUUGCCGCUUGUCGCCGGAUCGUUGCUACGAUAUGAAGCGCUGCUCACCUGUCGCUCUGUCACCUGCCAGGUUAAACAGAGGGUUAGACAGCUGCCUCACUCAGACCUCCUCUAAAUAUGGACAUGAGCUUGUUUAUCUGGGACAGUUCAGCCCCCCGGGAGAGGUACAGUGUGACCCCCCGCCCCGGGUCGGACCCCCUGCUGUGGUGGGACGCAAUACACAAGCCAUAAAUGUUCCCCUGAGUUCUGGUGCAGAACUUGGUUUUCACCAGCAGAACCAAAUCACACUUACAGCACAACCAGACUGUUCCAGCGUCCGCUACUGACCUGUGAUCAGACCUGUGAUCAGACCUGUGAUCAGACCUGUAAUCAGACCUGUGAUCAGACCUGUGAUCAGACCUGUGAUCAGACCUGUAAUCAGACCUGUAAUCAG